AUGAGAGCGAACGCCACAUCAGCCCUCCCGAAAGAGGUGGUGUUCAACCGUUCACCGAACAACAACAACAACAACAGCAAUCGAACCACGACAGACUCAACAACAACAAGACUCCUCCAUGUGACCUCUCCCACUCACUCUCCAAAUACAUUUAAACAACCCAUCACUACAGUCACCGCCACCACUUCCAUUCCUCCUUCUGAAAAAGUGAUGAGUCAUACCUUUCAUUCAACAACAACAACAACAACCAAUACUAUCACAUCUUCUGCAAAUUCCGAAAAUCAACCACCUGUCAUUGUCUUGUUAGGAUGUUCAGACUCUGGAAAGAGUACAAUCUUUAAAUCGUGUCGAUCCAUGUACGGCAAUGUUCAAUUCAGUAAUUUUCAUUUAUCACAAGAGAAUCGAGUAUUGAUCAAGAAAACACUUCGAUACGACAUUAUCAAUCAUUUAAAAAGGGCUUUGAAUUUUAUUCAUCAACAACAAGAACAACAACAACAAUUCACAACAUCACCGGAAGUGGUGGGAACUCCCGAGAUGGAAACCAGUCACCACAACAACAAUAGCUCAUCAAAUAUCAUCUCUCAAAGUUUACCAACCAUACAAUCAUCAUCAUUUCUAUCAUUGAAUACUCCCACCACAUUACAACAACACCUCGCACAAACAUCCAUAAACCAUGAAAAUGAUCGAUUAUUCAUCAACACCAACACCACUAAGAAUGCGAAACCAUCGAGACAUGGAAGAAGACUCUCCGAUCACUUGAUGGAAAUUUGUGAAAAAAAGUAUUCUCCCAAUAUUGUUAUUUCCAACCAGACCUUUGACAAACCAACAGAAAGUUUACCUGACAGUGUUGAGGAUGAUUUGAUUGGAGGAAGUGGAAUAAUGGCAGCAAUGAGACAUGGAUUAUUAUUGAGUCCAAAUGUGAAAGAGAAUCAUGAAAUGUUUGAGAGUAAAAAUUCCUUACGAAGAAAUAGUGAAUCGUUGGUAACAUGGAUGGAUGCUGCCAUGAUGUCUGUCAUGCAAACUCAACCACGGAAAAGAUCUUCUACAGCAAACCUCUUUUUCACAGAGUGGAGCAAAACAGAGGAAAAAAUUGUAAACAAAAUUAAUGACAUUUCUACAAAAACAAUGAAUGAAAGAUCUUGGGAAACUGAUUAUGAAGGAGGAUUAAAGGCAUUGAAAGAAGACAUCAAAGUGUUAUGGAAAAAUCAAUCUUUGAGGACUCUAUUUUAUAAUGCGAAUGAUUUUGGAUUUUCUAUUCAUGAAAACAUUAUUUACUUUUUGAAGAAUAUCAACCGAAUUUUUAGAGAAGAUUACAAGCCAACUGAGGAUGACUACUUGAAAAUGAGAUGUGUGACAACAGGAAUCACCUCUGUAGAUAUCAAAAUUAACAAAUCAAGCGUAAUCAAAUUGUAUGAUACUGGUGGAGAGAGAUGUGAGCGAAGAAAGUGGAACACUCUUCUCGACAUUAAUCCCAACGCAAUUAUUUAUGUGAUCUCUCUAUCAGAUUUUGACAUGUAUUCGACCGAUCAAAAAGACAAAAACAAGAUGCAAGAUACGAUAGAUGAAUUGAAAAAUCUCUGCCAAGAAAUGAAUAUGAGAGGUUUAUCAAAGGCAGAUUUUUUAAUCGUCCUAAACAAGUCAGAUGUGUUUAAAGAAAAAAUUGAAGAAAAAGGAAAAUGCAUUUCGACAUUGUUCCCAGAGUUUAAGACCAAUCAAGAAAUGACAAUAUCAGCAUUUACAGCACUUUCUUCUGUUAAUUACACUUCUUCAAGAAAUGAAAAUAAUGAUGAUACAAAACACUAUGAAAAAAGUUUAAAAUUCAUUGGAAGAUUACUACACAAUAUUGUAAAGAGUGCAUUACCUUCACAAAAAGGCAUUCACUUGUAUGAAACUUGUGCUCUAAAUAAGGACGAUAUUAAGUAUAUUUUUGAAGACGGAUUGGAGCCACUAUUGAGACCAGCAACUGAUGUGAAUCGACCAUCAGCACGAAACGAUAAUAUUAGAAUUCUGGUCGAUGAAAAACGAUCGAUCAAUAUUGGAGAAUUUGCAAGCAAUGCCUCGUUAUCUAAACAUGCAGGUAACAGAGGAAACACAAUGCCUUCAAAGAAACCAACAAAACGACGUCCAUUCAAUUCAUUCUUGUCCAUGUUGAAACAUUUAGUUCCACCUCCACCACCUCCACCACCAUUUUUGAACAGUGUUUCAGAAGCCUACGAGGUUGGCCCACCAAAACCCUAUCACAAGAAUAUUUCAAAUCCAAAAUUGACUCCUGAAGAGGAAGAAAAAGUGAACAGUGCUCUUCAAGAUGAUAUUGUCCAAGGAAAAGGGGAUGACUACAGUGAAAAGUAUUCCAUUAAGAAACAAAUUGGCAAAGGUGGACAAGCAUGUACAUAUAUUGUGGCUGAAAAAGAUGCGGUUUCUGACAAGAAAUUUUAUGUCAUGAAAAGAAUCAAAAUGAAAACAAUUCAAGAGCUAAAUCAGAAUUUCAACGAAAUCAAAUCUCUCUAUUCAUUACGACAUGAGUAUAUCAAUUCGAUUUACGACUUUUUCGUUGAACAAAAAGAAUCAACGAUCAUUGCAGAUAAUAUUGAAGGCGAUGAGAAACAAAACCAACUGUCAGGAAAGCAAGAAUAUGUUCUUUGCAUCAUUUUAGAGUUUUGCAAAGGAGGUGAUAUGAGGAUGUAUUUGGACCGAUUCAAAAAGAAGGGAAUUACGACUUAUGUGAGCCAGACACAAAUUGUGAAAUGGUUGAAAAAGUUAACCAUUGCUCUUGUUUUCAUUCACUCGAAAGGAUAUCUCCACAGAGAUUUGAAGCCUGAAAAUAUUUUCUUCAAUGAUUUAGAACGAGAAGAACUUCGGUUGGGAGAUUUUGGAUUGAGUUGUCUUGUUAAAUCGACAAAAGAUGCAUCUGUUGGAACCAUCAAUUACAUGUCUCCAGAACAAUGUAAAGGAGAAGGAUACAGUGCGUCAUCAGAUAUAUGGUCUCUGGGAGCAAUUAUAUUGGAAAUUCUCACACAACGAACGGUGAACGUGAGAGAAGAAUUAGAGAAGGAUCCUCAUUAUGUGAACAACGUAUGCAAUGAGCUCAAAGAUAUAUACAGCGAGGAAUUGUUAGAUUUUGUGUGCAUGACCCUCCAAUUAGAUCCACAAGCAAGACCUUCCACACCUGAACAGUUGUUGGCCCUUGUUGAAAAUAUCGAGUAG